AUAAUGUAUGUGUGGAUGAGGACGGUGAGAUAGAGAAUAUGCCGCCAGCCAUAUGAUAAGAAAUAGAAAAGGUGCAAAGUUGGGGUAGUAAAGCUCAGAGCUAGCUACUAGUACUAGCUAUGGAGAUAUGUAUAAUCCUCCCAAUUCUCCCACUACUACAUAUCAGUAUUGGUAUCCUGCUAACUAGCUAGUUGAUCGAUGAAAAUGACAAAGGAAUAUUGCACAUUGUAUUUUAUUCAGCAGAUGCCAAAAAGAGGGCUUGAGGAUUAAGCGAGCAAUAUGUUUUUGAUUUAUUUUUUUUUCAUUAGUAAAAUUUCUGAAAAUAGAUUUAAUAUUUUGAUGGAUGUUGUAUUUUCUAAUCGAUUAGGUCUUUGAAAUUAGAUAGCUCUUGUAAUGUAAUGACCUUGCUGGGAAGGAAUGACGCUGCUAGUGGUGGAGUCUGUUACCGUCCCGACAGGGCACAAGCUGUUAAAGAAGCUCUUGCUGCCGCCGUCACCCGCUGCGCAUCCUGCCGCCGCCUCCGGUUCCUCCACGGACGUAUCAUCGCCUCCGGAUUUCGCCGCAACCUCUACCUCUCGAGCCUCCUCCUCUCCAAAUAUUUCCGCUUCGGCGACGCCUCGACCGCACGAUUAGUCUUCGACGAUGCCCGACGAGGGGGGCCGACGAAGACCCUCCUAUGGAAUUCGCUCAUCAAGGGAUACCUCAAGCGCGGUCGCCCCUGUUCGGCCUUGGAUAUCUACCACGAGAUGGUGGCCUCGCCCCCGCCGCAUUGCGAUCCCGAUAGGGUUACGUUUCAUCUCGUCCUCACGGCUUGCUCCCAUUUAGCCGAGUUCGAAUUGGGCUGUAGAAUUGGAGCUCGUGCUCGGCUGAGAGGGCUAGAUUCUGAUCUCCUCGUUGCGACAGCGCUGGUUGAUAUGUACUGCAAAGCCGGGGUGAUUGAUGCGGCACGCAGGGUGUUCGACGGAAUGCUUACGAGAGAUGUUAUUGUUUGGAACGCAAUGAUUUCUGGGUACUCGAAAGCCGGGUUGUUCCAGGAGGCUGUAAGUUUGUUCAGAGCCAUGAGGCUUACUCAUGGAAUUUUCCCUAGCGAAGCUACUAUAAUUAGUUUGAUGCCUGUUUGUUGCUAUUAUUCUUCUUCUCCAGACAACGUAGAGGGCUUACAUAUCCUGGCUAUUAAACUCGGUUUGGAGUCAAGCUUGGUUCUGUUGAAUGCUCUACUCGAAAUGUAUGUGAAUUGCAACAACUUGAUUACUGCGAGCAGUUUGUUUAGCAGGAUGGAGAAUAUGGAUGCCAUCUCAUUGAGCACUAUGAUUGGUGGAUAUGUGCGACACAAGAAGCCAGAUGAGGCUCUCACAUUGUUCAAUUGGAUGGUCAUGAACACGCAUAUUUGUCCUUCUCGAUCUAUUUUGAUUAAUGUGAUUCUUGCAUGUGCAGAAUUGGGUGAUUGGAAAGAAGGUAAACUGAUACAAGACAAUUACUUAACCAGUCAUGACGACAGAAUUGUAUCAGACUCAUCUAUUGUUACCGUACUAGCUUACAUGUACGCCAAGUGUGGUAUGUUGAAUACUUCAUUGAGUCUUCUAGAUCCAUGUGAGGAAGUAAGAGGAGAUGUGGUUACAUGGAAUGCUAUGAUGAAAGGGUGCAGUGAGAUCGGUACGAUCAGUAAGGUUUUUUAUCUCAUGCUUGAAAUGCAAAGGAGGGGCAUCAGUCCUGAUCAUGUUACAUUUGUUAAUUUGCUCUCUGACUUAUGUUGUACCCCCAUCCUAAAGAAAAUCACUGAAACACAUUCUCAGAUCAUCAAAAGAGGAUUCGAAAUCCAUAGGCAAACUUCUAACUGCCUUAUUAAUGCCUACGCCAAGGGUGGAAGCAUUACAGAUUCAAGUAAGAUAUUCGAUGGCAUCAUUCAGAAGGAUGUCGUUUCCUGGAGCACAAUGAUACAAGCUUAUGCAUGGGAUGGAAAAUUAGACCAAGUGUUGGAUCAUUUUGAGCAGAUGAGGGAGAGAGGAGUAAUGCCAAACCAUUUUACUUUUCUCUCGCUUUUGUCUGCAUGCAGCCAUGUAGGUCUAGUGCAGAAAGGCUGGGAAUUCUUCAACAGUAUGAAAGAGGACUACAACUUGGAACCAGGUAUUGAACAUUUGACUUGCAUGGUCGAUAUGUUAUGUCGAGCUGCGAGGUUCCCUGACGCAUAUAGUUUAGUCAAGAAUGCAAUGCAAAGAGGCAAGAGUUGCGCAGUUUUAUGGGGUGCUUUACUCAGUGCUUGCAGAGUGCAUGGUAAUGUGGCAACUGGAGAAGAAGCUGCCAGGCAUCUCUACCAGCUGGAACCGCAAAAUGCGGCAACUUACAAAAUGCUUGCUGAUGUUUAUAUUGCGGCAGGGAGAAGGGGUGAUGUCAAUGGUGUUUUGAGUUUGAUCUGCUCAAAUGACUUGAAAAAGAUACCAGGAUUCAGUUGGUAUGAGGGAUGUUUAUGAUUCAUUCCCCUGUCGUGGAAGAUGUAUGGUGCAACUUGGAGUCAAGGCUUGGCUACCAAACCCACUUGAGGAUGUACAUUGAAAUAGUUUAAUUGCCCGAGCUUGAACUGAAUCAGUGUUCGACUUUGCCUGGCUGCCCACACACAAGGAGCUCAAAUUAUAAAAGCCCGUAUAUGUGGAUCUUAAAGUAUUUCAAAUGUUGCUCGGAAUGAAAUGGGCGUAGCCACUUCUCCACAGAAUCACGAGCAAAAAAUAUCACCUUUCUCCUCAUCUCCACAAGCUCAGGUGAGGUCGACAUUAAGGUGCAGAGACAUGAGCAAGCUUCCGUUACAUUUUAGACAAAAAGACAAUCCAUGCGUGACCAUUAUUCAAGUACAUUUAUCGUCCAAAAUUACAUUUGAGCUUUCAGAAGGCAAUAGAACUUUCACUAUACCAAUUCAAAAAUUACAAAAACUUUAUAACAAAAAAGAAAAAAACACGUACAGAGAAAGAUACGAGAAAGAAAAAUCUGUACAGUUCCUCUCCAUGACUAAAACCCAUUGGCUUCUUCUGAAUCAAGAGCCAACACAUCAUACCCAGAUGAUGGAUCAAAUUGAAGAUACCAAAUCACUCAUAAUGCACAAUCUGAAUCAUGGAGAAACCACCUUCUCUAUGCAAAAACAAAACCUUUUACACAUGUACAUGAUAUAAAGCUUCAACAGUCUGGACAAACCAACAGUAGGACAUGAAGUUCAUCUUACAAUCCGACCGGCCGACAAAAGCACAAG